AUGGGCUUGAUAUCCAACAUCUCUGCAGACUCGCCCUUCACCUUGGACAACGUCCCUUUCGGGGUCUUCUCGACAAAAGCAGAUCCACGGCCACGCUGUGCGACGGCUAUUGGCGACUUUGCUCUGGAUCUUCGCGCACUCGGUCAAUCAGGUUUCUUCAAGGACGCUUCAGUGGCCGAUGCCCUUGGUCAGGCGACCUUGAAUACCUUUGCGGCACUCCCAGCAAAGACGAGAACCGCCGUUCGCGACCAGAUCAUCUCUGCCUGCAAAGAUGACAAGGUCCCAGACUCCUGCCUGCAUAAGCUGGCAGAGGUGAAAAUGCAUCUGCCCGUGGCCAUUCCCGAGUACACGGACUUUUUCUGCUCGCUUGAGCAUUGCACCAACUGCAUGCCUAUAACCAACAGCAAAGUCCCCGAGAACUUCUAUCAUGCACCCUCAGCCUACAACGGCCGAGCAUCCAGCAUCAUUCCAUCGCCAUCCCUGGUCCGUCGACCCAGAGGCGUGUACUGGAAAGCGGGAACAAAGGAGCCCACUUACGGACUGUCUCAGUUUAUCGAUUUCGAGUUGGAAAUGGGAUACAUCGUGUCCAAACCAGUCCCUUACGGCGAGACAAUCAAAGUGGAUGACGCGCCAGACCACAUCUUUGGCUUUGUGCUGUUGAACGACUGGUCGAGUCGGGACAUCCAGAUCUUCGAGAUGCCGCCCUUGGGGCCGUUCAACUCGAAGUCCUUCGGUACCACAAUCUCCCCUUGGGUCAUCACGCUCGACGCGUUAAAGGAAUUCCAAUGUGCGCCCAAGCACGAGAUCCAGCCGCUGGAGCACCUGCGAUUCAAGGACGUGGAGCACGGCACAUUUAACAUCAAACUCGCGGCGUUCCUUGAGCGAGACGGCAAACGACACCAGAUCUGCACGAGCAAUCUGCGCUACCUAUACUGGACCCCUUACCAACAGAUCACCCAUCAUGCGUCGGCAAACUGCGGUCUGCGCACCGGUGAUCUAAUGGGCACGGGUACCGUCUCGGGCGAUGGCAAGGAUGAGAAGACGGGCAAGAAGUUCGAGCUGGGCUGUCUUUUUGAGGCGACACAGCACGCCAGUCAGCCCAUCGCCUUGGAGGGGGGUGGGAAUCUUGGAUAUCUCGAAGACGGCGAUUCUGUGAUCCUCUCCGCAUGGUGUGAAGAUGCCACUGGGCGGCGAGUGCUCGGGUUUGGCGAGUGUCGUGGGAGACUCGUGGGACCAGACGCGCCAAUCUCUUGA